AUGGGCAACUGCGGCACGCGAGAGGAGAAUGCCGUCGUCGCCGCGCACGCGCAAGUUCAGCAGCUCCACUUGUUGCAACAUCCUGACAAGAACGCCCUUGCAGAUAAGAAGCACACCCGCUCAUCGUCAGAUAUAAGUGAUCCUUCAACACCUAGGAAAAUUGAAGAUGCCAAGAACAUUUCCAUAUACAACGAUGUGAUUGCCUUCACAUUGUUUGAGCUAGAGACGAUCACAAAGAGCUUCCGUGCUGAUUAUGUUCUUGGUGAAGGAGGAUUUGGGACCGUUUAUAAAGGUUACAUCGAUGAGAAUGUCAGGGUUGGGCUGAAGUCACUGCCUGUUGCAGUCAAGGUGCUCAAUAAAGAUGGACAUCAAGGGCACAGAGAAUGGCUUACUGAGGUUAACUUCCUGGGGCAGUUAAGGCAUCCAAAUUUGGUGAAGUUGAUUGGAUAUUGCUGUGAGGAUGAUCAUCGGCUGCUUGUCUAUGAGUUCAUGUUUCGUGGAAGUCUAGAAAAUCACUUAUUCCGAAAGACAGCUACACCAUUACCCUGGGGUACUAGAAUGUCAAUUGCACUGGGAGCUGCUAAAGGGCUUGCUUGCCUCCACAAUGCUCAAAGGCCUGUAAUCUACAGAGAUUUCAAGACCUCAAAUAUUCUGCUGGACUCUGAUUAUACUGCUAAACUAUCUGACUUUGGUCUGGCAAAAGCUGGCCCCGAAGGUGAUGAGACUCAUGUGUCAACGAGGGUGAUGGGAACCUAUGGAUAUGCUGCCCCUGAAUAUGUGAUGACUGGUCACUUGACUGCUAGAAGUGAUGUCUACAGCUUGGCAAGGUCCUUCUGGAGCUCUUGA